AUGAGAGAUAUCUCCAAAGGCUUCCACGCUCUACUUCAUCGCAUUGACGACAUUGCAGCGGAAGAAUGCAUGAAGACGAAGCCAUCUACGUUUCAACACCGAGUACUUGACAUUCUACAAAAGAUCAGAGUCGCCACUCAUUCACCGACUCACAAGGCAAUUGCAGCUGCUAAACUAGGUGCGAUUUACCUGACACUGAAGGAGCCGCACAAUGCUGAUCCAGUACUGGAGGAAGCAGGACACUUCUUUUUUCAGGAACUAAUGACAUUCACGGAAGACAUCACGUUUUUUGAUAUGCCAAAUGGUCAAGUGAAGACCCAGCAGGCGGUACUGACACUUCUGGACAAUAUGCCGCAGGUUGACAUAAAAAAUGAGCACGAGGAGUUUGUGGGGUAUGUGGUAGAGCUCUUGAUUCAAAUGGGCGUGCUUUGGUCGAAACGUUCUCGACCGAUGCGGGCGAUAUGCUAUUUGACCGCGGGUCUGAAGUUGAUCGACAGGUACGAGCACAAAAAAUGGGACGGGUUUGUGGCGGCCCAGACAAUGGUGUGCUUUUACCUGGCGCAAGUCUAUGAGCAAUUGGGGAUGGCGGAAGAAUCGGCAAAAUUCUGUUUGUUGACGCUGGAGAUGCAACUGCUGCAGUGCGUCAGGGAUGAUAAAAACGAGGAAAUGUUGAAGCUUGUUGGCGCCGAUGAGUGGGUGCGAAAUGCAUUGAAGCUUGUCGAGUUUUAUCUCAAUGCAGACAACCUUAUCGAUGCAGCAACUUGCCUUCAAGGCAGCGAGUACAUGCUACUCCAACGAAGAAUCGGUGGGGGCGAAGAAGUGGAAUACGAACAAUCCUUACUCACUGCUAAUAUUUACACGAUGUGGGGCCGGGUGCACGAGACAACGCUUCGACUCGCCGGAAUGAGAAAGGAAGGUUUGUAUCCUAAAAAUGCUGAUCCGAAGCUGCGUCACGCCUGCAGUAUGGAGACAACACUUGCCAAGCUCUCGUAUACUCGACAAUCGGAGUUGCUGGAGGGCCAGUCCACACCGGGCCUAGGCAUGGAAUUCGUGCCCCCGCACUGUUUAGAAACGUUUGAUCAAGCCCGUGACGUAUUUAAGAUGGGAGUCUUUGCCUGUUCUCGUGCGAGAAGGGUGUUUGCUUUCGAUACAUUUGCCACUCAGUAUGUGCACCUUUUGCAACAAGAAAGUGCGUUGUAUCGCCAGUUGCUGCCAUUUGAAGAUGUUCGUGGACGGCGGGUCGCAAUUCAAAGACGGAGACUGGCAUUAUUGACACCACUUCUUGAAGACGCACUAAUCAAACGUUCCUACGCUGGUCUCCUGCAAGAAAUUUACUUCGAGUGCGCUGAGAUCAAUAGUGAUGUGUUCGAGCUCAAGCAAGAUAAGGAUGCAGGAGAAAAAUCUAUGACAUACGCGAUCAAUGCCAUUCAGUGCUACCAGGAGUUUCUUCUGUUAUGCUAUUCUGUAACAGAGCCUGAUGGUGCAUCAUGUGAUGACCAUGUGCGAGCAAGCGUGUUGCGCGGCGGAAAGGGAGUGCAGCUUCCUCCUGGAAAAGCUUUGUGCCUAAGAGAGUUUCGCGCUAUGCUGAUGGGGUACUUUGGUCUUGCCAACGCGUGUGGGAAGAUACUAUUUUUGUCCGAUGCCGCGAAGAUUGUGGGCUUUUGGUGUCAAAGUCUUGCAUACUACGAGGCGGUUACAGAAUUGGCUCGGAAGUAUGCAAGCAUUUGUGAUGCAGCCGACGGAAUUGAAUUGAAGAGAAGCUUGAAGAGCGAGCUCAACAUUUGCGACGAGAUGACACGGUUACUACCGGAGAAAAUUGACCAGCUUGUGUACAACGGCAAGGCGUUCUAG